GGCGGCGGCUGCUGCUGCCUGUGGCCCGGGCGGCUGGGAGAAGCGGAGUGUUGGUGAGUGACGCGGCGGAGGUGUAGUUUGACGCGGUGUGUUACGUGGGGGAGAGAAUAAAACUCCAGCGAGAUCCGGGCCGCGAACGAAAGCAGUGACGGAGGAGCUUGUACCACCGGUAACUAAAUGACCAUGGAAUCUGGAGCAGAAAACCAGCAGAGUGGAGAUGCAGCUGUAACAGAAGCUGAAAACCAGCAAAUGACAGUUCAAGCCCAGCCACAGAUUGCCACAUUAGCCCAGGUCUCUAUGCCAGCUGCUCACGCAACGUCAUCUGCUCCCACGGUAACGUUAGUGCAGUUGCCCAAUGGGCAGACAGUUCAAGUCCAUGGAGUUAUCCAGGCGGCCCAGCCAUCAGUUAUUCAGUCUCCACAAGUCCAGACAGUCCAGUCUUCCUGUAAGGACUUAAAAAGACUUUUCUCCAGAACUCAGAUCUCAACUAUUGCAGAAAGUGAAGAUUCACAGGAAUCAGUGGAUAGUGUAACUGAUUCCCAAAAACGAAGAGAAAUUCUUUCGAGGAGGCCUUCCUACAGGAAAAUUUUGAAUGACUUAUCUUCUGAUGCACCUGGAGUGCCAAGGAUUGAAGAAGAAAAGUCUGAAGAGGAGACUUCAGCACCUGCCAUCACCACUGUAACGGUGCCAACGCCCAUUUACCAAACUAGCAGCGGACAGUAUAUUGCCAUUACCCAGGGAGGAGCAAUACAACUGGCUAACAAUGGUACCGAUGGGGUACAGGGCCUGCAAACAUUAACCAUGACCAAUGCAGCCGCCACUCAGCCGGGUACUACCAUUCUGCAGUAUGCACAGACCACUGACGGACAGCAGAUCUUGGUGCCCAGCAACCAAGUUGUUGUUCAAGCUGCCUCUGGAGAUGUACAGACAUACCAGAUACGCACAGCACCGACUAGUACCAUUGCCCCUGGAGUUGUUAUGGCUUCCUCCCCAGCACUUCCUACACAGCCUGCUGAAGAGGCAGCACGAAAGAGAGAGGUUCGGCUAAUGAAGAACAGGGAAGCAGCACGUGAGUGUCGUAGAAAGAAGAAAGAAUAUGUGAAAUGUUUAGAAAACAGAGUGGCAGUCCUUGAAAAUCAAAACAAGACAUUAAUUGAGGAACUAAAAGCACUUAAGGACCUUUACUGCCACAAAUCAGAUUAAUUUGGGAUUUAAAUUUUCACCUGUGAGAAGAGACUGGCUUGGCCACAAACAGAAAGACAAAAUAAACAUUUUAUUUUCUAAACAUUUCUUUUUUUCUAUGCGCAAAACUGCCUGAAAGCAGCCACAGAAUUUCAUUCAUUAGUGCUCUUGCAUCAAACUGUGAAUGUCUCAACACCUGCCUCCACUUCUUCCCUCAAGAAAUUUUCAGCGCCAGGAAUCAUGAAGACUUCUGCUUCUCACUCCCCACCCUCGUCAAGAAGUCCUAAUUUGUUUACUUAAAAAGUGAUGGGGGAAAGGAGGAAAAGAAAAUCUUUUUUAAAUGAUUUCAAGGUUUGUGCUGAGCUCCUUGAUUGCCUUAGGGACAGACUUACCCCAGACCUUUGAGCUGAUGUAAUGUGUUGGCCGCAUGCGCAAAGUAAGUAAGGUGUGAUGAAGAAAUGUUGAUUGCCAAACUGACGUGUGUCUUCACAUCUCCAUUGUGAAUUAUGUAUGACUGUCAAGAUACCCUCUUAAAAAAAACAAACCAGUUUUAGGAUGGUGUUGAAGCUAAGAAUGAAUUCAGAGCGCUUUCUAUGUACAUUCCCUUCCUCAAUACUGAAAGAUGUGUCCUUAAUUCUUAGAGACAUUUUGUAUUAACUACAGCUCUUCCAAUAGGGCAGUUGUUGCUUCUUAAUUCAGUUCUGUAUGUGUUCAACAUUUCUGAAUACAUUAAAAGAAGUAACCAACUGGAUGAAAAAGCAUGGUAUUUUACUUUUAAAUCAAAUCAAAGUAAAUAAAGAUACAAAGCUUGUUUUAGUUAAUAUCAAAUUCUUAGUAAAAGCUACUCACUAGCACACCAGGGUUUUGGGUUAUAUAACAAGUUUUUUAAAUAAGUGUGUGUGUUUUUUUUUUGUCAUCGCCUUCAAAAAUAUUUAUAUUGUCACUCGUUUACUUAGAAAUCUAUUUCUAAUUAUGACUGUUCCCCUUUGCACUUACAUUAUGCUACCAACAGGAAAGCCUUCAAGAUGUCAAAUAAAGCAGAGUGAUAAAUUCAUUUAUAAAAAUGAACUGUGUUGUAGAAAAAUACUGAUUUUAAGUUUUCACAGUAUUAGCACGCCUUUAACAGUACUACUAGUGAAGACUAUAGUUCUUGAAGUACAGGAGAAGUAAUAUUCAGGUGUAUUUUAAUGACUGCUGUACUAAAAUAUUUAGAUUGUCAUUCUUGGGGGGGGGUUCUUUGAAAACCUUUUUGUUUCCUAGUAUCCUGCAUUGUCAUUUUAUAAAGGAGCUACUUGUUUUAACUCCUGACCCUGGCAGUCUGUAUUUGUAUGUAUCAUACAGUAUCUCCAACACUGCUUUAGUUAUCACUCACUUUAUUUACUAAUCCUAAUAAAAUUUUAAUUUACCCCUUAAAGAAAAAUAAGACUAAAGUGGAUUUGGAAAAUUGGAGAC